AUGAAACAAUCUCAUCCCCCGAACGCAAAUACACACACAAUUCUCGAAACAAGACUUGUUUUGUUUUUGCAAGCUAAAGAAAACAUGAAAGCUGUUCACUUAGCCCUCAUUGCCAUCCUGGCCAUGGCAUCUGCUGGUGCCUUGGCUUUUGAUCCAAGCCCUCUUCAAGACUUUUGCGUUGCCAUCAACGAAACCAAAACUGGUGGUGUGUUUGUGAAUGGAAAAUUCUGCAAGGAUCCCAAGCUUGUCUCUGCCAAUGAUUUCUUCUACGGUGGACUGAAACAAGGAGACACGUCUGGUUCGCUUGGCUCGGCAGUCACUCCAGUUGCUGUAAAUGAAAUACCAGGCCUCAAUACAAUGGGCAUAUCACUGGCUCGUGUCGAUUUCGCUCCCAAGGGCUUGAACCCUCCACACACUCAUCCUCGCGGAACUGAAAUUCUUGUGGUUUUGGAGGGUACUCUUCUAGUGGGUUUUGUUACAUCCAAUCCCGAGAAUCGCCUAUUCACUAAAGUGCUGUAUAAGGGAGAUGUGUUUGUGUUUCCAAUUGGUUUGAUCCACUUCCAACUCAACGUGGGUAAAACGAAUGCCGUUGCCAUCGCUGGUUUGAGCAGCCAGAAUCCUGGAGUUAUUACCAUUGCCAAUGCCGUGUUCAAAUCAAACCCUCCCAUUUCUGAUGAAAUUCUCUCCAAGGCCUUUCAAGUGGACAAGAGCAUAGUUGAUGCUAUUCAAAAAGGGUUAUAGAUAGAAAAUAGUUAAUAAGAAAACUCUUAUCAGGAUUUCAGUUUGAGUUUGUAAUACUUUGUUUACUAGGUUUGCCUGUCAGAAUAAUGUCUUGAUGUUUCUAAUUUUUUUAAAUAAAAUAAAUGAUAUAUCAUACAUGCGCACAUUUUUACUUAA